AUGUCUGCAGCCGUGCCAUCUCCAGAAGCAGCGGGCCCCGGAGCCGCGACAAACCCCCACCCCAUCCCCCUCACAGAAUCCGAGGUCCUGAUCCGAGGCUUCUUGGCCGCUAACCCAGAUCUCGACCUCGACGAUCCGUCGCCCAUUGAGAUUAUGACGGACCGGUACACCAACGACGAGUGGCAGGCGCAGAUUGACGAGACGACCAAGCAGGUGCUCAAGGAGGUGGAGAGCGGCAAGCGUGCAAAGAAGAUUUACCAGGGCCCGCGCAUGCGCAAUGGCGACGAGGCGUUGCGCCAACUCGCAAAGGCUAUCGAUCAUACCGUCCUGAAGCUCGAUGCUACGAGCACCGCUAUAGACGCGCUGUGCAGCGAGGCCCGCACCGAGAAUUUCAAGUCUGUAUGCGUGCGCCUCAACUGGGUGCAGCGCUGCGUGUCGAAUCUCAAGGGCACCAAUGUCGUCGUCGCCUGCGUCGUGGGCUUCCACGAAGGCACCCAGGACACAAAAUCAAAGUGCCGCGAGGCGCGCGCCGCCGUCAAAGCUGGCGCCGCUGAACUCGACGUCGUGCUCAACUACUCGCUGCUCACAAAGCACAAUAACACCAAUAAUAAGCGCCACCCGCAAAGCAGAGACUCGGCCAUCGAUAGCAUCACGGCGGCAAACACGGCCAAAAACGCGGCUGCUACCGCUUCCACGCACACAUACGACGAGCCUGAGAUGCCGGAUUACAGCGCCAUAUACAGAGAGCUGGCGACGAUCCGCUCGCUGUGUCCCAACACGACGCUCAAGCUCAUUCUCGAAACCUCGCAAUUGACAUGGGCCCAGAUCCUGGCUGCAUCGCAUCUUGCGGCCGCGGCGUCGUUUGACUUUAUCAAGACGUCGACGGGGUUCAAUGGCGCUGGUGCCACGCUGCCCAAUGUCCAGCUCAUGGUUGCGGCCGCCGAGUAUCUUGGAGCGCGGGGCGUGAGCAGGCGGGCCAUGCAGGUCAAGGCGAGUGGUGGCGUGCGGGAACUCGAUACCGCCAUCAAGAUGCUCGAGUCGGGCGCGACGAGGCUGGGCACCAGCAGUGGGCUUUGGAUCAUGCAGGAGGCAAAGGCAAAGGUGGCGGCUGGGUUGGCGACGAGCCCGGACAGAAAACCUGCUUCUGUUACCAGGCUGUAUACAGAUGAUUCGUCGUACUAG